AUGAAGCUAACUAGAUUCACCUUCUUGCUUUGUGCAUUAGCUUUUUUAUUGCUUAUUACUUCAACAUCUUCUCUACAACUCCACUCUGGUUACUCAUCUCCUAGCCAAGGAAAAUCUGAGAAUGAAGAGAAGAGAUUAGGUGAAGAAGAAGAGGAGAAAGCUCUAUCGAAAUAUCUAUCGAUGGAUUAUCCAAGGUUUAGAAGAAGACGGCCAGUUCACAACAAGUCUCUACGUCCAUGA